AGCAAGGGCAGGCGGGCGGACGGGCGCCAGGAGAGAGCCAGAGCCAGCCGCCCAGCGCCGCUCCGUCCCCCGCGGUGCCGCCAGCCCAGCCGCGCUCCCGCAUCGCCAAGGCCCAGCGCGCGAGGAAGGAAGGAGCGCGCAGAGCCGAGAGGAAGACUCCCGAGAGGAAGACGCCCACCCAUGGCCACCAUCCUUGCCGCCUCCCGGCCCCUGGCCCAGCUGGCUGUGAAAGCUCCUCAGCUCAAGGAUGCUGCCACUGGCCUGCGGCCCCUUCCUGCUUUCUGCUUCUCCAUCUCCAGCCCGAGGGGUCGGCGCACCUACGCGACAGAGGUGGAGAAGAUUGGCGAGCGACCCGUCCUCAUCACAGGCUGCGACUCCGGCUUUGGCUUUGCCCUGGCCAAGUGCCUGCAUGAAAAGGGCCUCAUCAUCUACGCUGGCUGCCUGCUGAAGGAGCAAGGCCGUGGAGGCUCCAAAGACCUGGACAACAUGAAGAGCGACCGGAUGAGGACUGUGCAGCUCAACGUCUGUGACAGUGAGGACGUGGCCCGCGCUGUGGAGUACAUGACGUCCACCCUGAAGAAUCCGGAGGCCGGUCUCUGGGGCCUGGUCAACAACGCCGGGAUCUCCACUUUCGGGGAAGUUGAGUUCACCAGCAUGGACACCUACAAGGAGGUCGCCGAAGUGAACCUGUGGGGCACGAUCCGCACCACAAAGGCCUUCCUGCCUCUCAUCCGCCGAUCCAAAGGCCGCGUCGUCAACAUCAGCAGCAUGAUGGGACGGAUGGCCAACCCGGCCCGCUCCCCCUACUGCAUCACCAAGUUCGGGGUGGAGGCCUUCUCGGACUGCCUGCGCUACGAGAUGCGCCCGCACGACGUCAAGGUCUGCAUCGUGGAGCCCGGCAACUUCAUCGCCGGCACCAGCCUGUACAGCCCCGAGCGCAUCCAGGCCAUCGCCGACAAGAUGUGGGACGAGCUGCCCGAGAUCGUGCGCCGCGACUACGGCCGCAAGUACUUCGACGAGCAGAUCGCCAAGAUGGAGUCGUACUGCGGCAGCGGCUCCUCGGACACGUCCCCCGUCAUCGACAGCAUCGCCCACGCCCUGACCUCCACCACGCCCUACACCCGCUACCACCCCAUGGACUACUACUGGUGGCUGCGCAUGCAGGUCAUGACCCACAUGCCGGCCGCCAUCUCGGAUCGCCUCUACAUUUAUUGAGCCGGGGCGGGGCGGGCAGGGGGGGGUCUCCUCUUGGCCACCCGUGGCAGAACCAGGAAGGGAAAGUCACUUUAGAGGUUUCGCUGUACAGAUUCCCCCGUAGUCACUUGGCUAGUUGAUUUCGAAGUACUGUAUUUUAGACCAAGACUUCUUCUUCUUGUUGUUGUUAAUUUAAGCCUUUGAGCAGAAUUCAGAACCCUCCUUGCAUGGUGUGUCUCAAAAGCAAAGCUUUGUUGCGUAUUUCAGAGGGACCCAGCGCUAUUUAUUUCAGGAGUGCCUGCGUCCCCCUCUUCAUCCCAGCUGUUAAGGUAGAGUCUUGGCCGAUUUGGCAGCUGCUCUGAAGAGCUGGGGCUUUUGCACUCCCAUCCUCAUGGAAGACUGUUACUGGCAGGGUCGGUGGCUCCCCCCUCCCCCCCCCCCCCCAGCAAAUGCUGCUCCUGCAGCUGCAGCUCCGCCCAAGGCAGCCAGCAGCUCUUUUUGCCCGGCGCUCGGAAGGCCAGGACCACCCCCCACCCUGGACAGGGGGCUGGGGAUGCGCCCUGCCUUGGCUCAAGUGCUGUGUUGUGUUGUUGGGGGGGGGGGUGAGGCUGGAUCCCAUGGCGGCAUCCCGGCUGCACCUGCCUUUUGCACACUCCCUGCCGAGGGUGCUGUGGACCAGGGGCUGCCCUGGCUGCCUCCCCUGCAGGAGCAGCUGUUAGACUCAGGCUCAUUCCUCCCGCAGCCAUGCCUGUGAGCAGUUUAUUCCUGCAGAAGAGGACGCAGCACGCGCCCCGUCAUGGUGCCCGGUUGCCCCCCGCACAACGGCUCCAUGCCGGCUCCUUUUGCACUCGAGUCCCUGGGACGGGUGGCUGGCGGUGGUGGCUGGAGCAGGGGGCAGGGCUUCUGGGGAGCCCCGGUUCCUAUGGCCAGCCGGCCUCCUCCAUCCCCGCCUCCUGACUCUUUCUCCCUGGGGACCACAGAGGCACCCUCCGUCCAGCACGUGGGGCUGGAGCGGUCCAGAGCACUCCCUGACCAGGAACGCAUGGCGCACCUCAGAGGAGCCGGAAGCGUCGCCCGCCUUCCCCUCCAGCUCUCAUUUGGGCCUUCAGGAGGAGGCCCCCGGGAGGGAGCCCUGAUGGGACGAGGGCAGGCCCUCCGUGCGGGUUCUCCUGUUGAUGGCCCGUCAGAACAUUCUUUUGUACCAAGCAGCCGCUCGGAGAUAUCUUGUGAUGCUUCAGAGGCGAACAAAACUCUCACUGGAAGCUUGUGAAGGUAUUUGUGGAAGUGAAAGGGGAGGGGGGGCGAAGGGGCGUCAUGCUUCUGCAACAGACUAACAUGUGGAAGUGUCUGUGAUCAAAUAUCCUCUGCCUUGAUUAACAUUAAAUGACAGUGACGAA